AUGGCCCCCUUACGCAACUCGCUGAAGCGCACGCUUCUGCUGUCCACCUUCGCCGCCCUAUCUCUUUUCUCGGCCACGGCUUUGGCCCAGGACAGCCCGAGCCGGGAAGCUGCUCAACCCAGCCCUCAAUCGACGCCAGCGACUUCCGCAUCCCAGGAAGAGGCCCAGCCCACUCGCACAAACCCGGUGACCGCUGUCAUUUCCAACACUGGUGCCGUUGCGACCACGGAAGCGAGCAUCAGCGCUCCUAGGAUCACCGGCGGCGGCUCCGGGACCACUGGCGAGGUCCUCACGGGUUUCCCAUCCCUCACCAACGCCCCUAUUGUUGCGACCUAUCCGCCGCCGACCGUCCCCCCUACCAACAACGCCCCCUACAUGCACCAGUCCACCGCUCCUCAGGGAACCGUCUUCAUCGCAGUUGGUGCCAUCCUCGGUGCUUUUGGUUUCGGCAUCCUGAUCUGGCGCGGCAUCGUCGCUUGCCUCCUGCACCGCUCCGUCGCCCGGGCCGCCUACGCCCAGCACGAUGCCAACGACAAGGCGAGCUUCCCUGCCCCUCCCGCCCAGUUCUACAAGUACACCGACCGCGAAUCCACUCCUUCUCUCCCUCCUGCCGGCGGACGUGGUGUGCGUAGGACGCAACGCGGUCCCAUCCCCUCGGCUACCCCGAGCCAGUCGAACCUUUUCUUCUCGCCGACAGCGGCCGGCGGCGGCAGCAGUAGCAAUAUCAACAACCAGACCAAUGCCCGCGACUCCCGCUUUCUGCCUUCUGGGUUCUACGCCGCUGCUACUGCAUCUCCCAGCCCUGCUCACGGCCACUCAAUAAGCUUGACGAACCUCCGCCCCGAAUCUCGAGGCCAGUAUGGAAGCCGCAACACGUUGAGGGAGUCUACGCCUCCCGAUUCCCCCUCCUUCGGUGUGAGGCGCGACUUCAGCACCAGCUCCGUCAAUCUGUCCGCAGCGCCUGGGAACGGCCAGAGGGCACCGAGCGCGUACCUAGAGGACCUCCUUGACGAGAAUCCUCAGGCCUUCCCGCCCAACACGAUGCGGCCCGGGUCUCGCAACGCCAACAACUCUUCCGGCACCCGCUUUUAG